UAAGGAGAUCAACAAGUCUACUGAAACUACUCACAAGAAAGGAAUGAAGCUGUGCCUCUAUAUCGGAGUGGCAGUGUCACUGUUGGUGACUGCUGUACUGGCAGGUCCAGUGGAGGACUAUCCUGUGGAAAUGGACUCUCAGAAUAUGACCAGUGAUGGACAGUCGGAGAUGGACGAGGACUACAAUGCUUUCCCGGAGUCCUUUCCUCAAGGAAACUUUGAAUCCCUGGGUGAUGUGCCAGAUGAUAUUCGACAUGCAAUGGAUGAUGCAUUUCUCAUGGCAGAGCCAAGGCUACCACCAAAAUCAGCAGCAGACUUGCCACAAAGCUAUCACAAACUUAAAGCGAUUGCAGCUGCAUCCUCAGCUGGAAUUAAGUAUGUUGCUGAUAAAAAUUGCGAGGCAACUCACGAGAAUCUAUAUGUCUUCCGAUCGAAGGAACACAUGGAGAAACAACCUGACAUAAAGUUUACUGCUCACUUUAAAGUUGUUUGUGAGACAGUCGGAAGGUAUGGAGUUCAACAAGCCAAACGUUACAAGAUGUACAUGACGUCCGCUUCAGUUGAUAGUUCCGCAGAGAAAAAGGAGACCAGAGGCUUAAAGCAAAAACUGACUUCCAUGCUUUCAAAGGGUGUCUACUUUGUACAAACUGAAGAUGGAUCCAUACCAUCAACGUAUUACUCAAGAGAGGAGGACCCUGAAAUGAUUAAUUCCAAGAAAGCCAUUAUAUCAGUGUUCCAGGCCAAUUUUAAAGGCACCAAAGAGAAGCUAGAAGCUGAUCCUCAGUCCAUCCACAAAGCAAAAUACAGGUACUCAGCAAGUGCUCAGGAUGUUGCUAAUGGUGUCGUACGAAUGAGCCGCAAAGUGACAAACAGUGGUGUAAAAAGUUAUGCCCAUCACAUGCCUAAAGACGAAGUUACGCUAAAGAAAAAAGAGAACAUGGUGUACAAGGGAGGUGUACUUACAAAAGCUCAAGGAAAAACUGACUGCAAAUUAAUGGAAAAGAAAAAUGAGGGGCCGAAAGAUGAUACUGAGGUUGAUAACCUUGAGGCUGAGUACAGACGAAAAAGAGGCACCAGUGGCUACACCAGCCAGCCCCAGCAGGAUCCCGAGAAGAUCAAGACAUACGAUCCAAACCUGGAGACCAAUCACUACGAAACAAAGGGAUCCUACACUCUUCGACUGGUAGGCCAGCGCCGUUUAGGUGGGAGAGAAAGAAGAAGUAUGGGGCAGACAGACUUUACCAACAUGUUAGAAAGUUCACUGCUUGGAUUCAUCAAUGAAACCCGUAGAGACAUGGAAAGAAUAGAUGAACUACGUGAGGAACUCGGAGACAUAACAGAAGCACUUGAAAUGAUGCACGAGAACCAAAACAACAGUGACAUUGCACACAAACUUGAGCAUCUAAUAAAACUAGAAGCCAACAGGGGCCCACCCAAAGAUGAAACUCCUGCAAUUAACGAUGUAUUAGACUACCUGUCUGACCUCUCUGGCUCUAAUGAAAGUAGUGAUAUCAACAUGCGGAUGCUUCUCUACUUCAUCAUCAGCCCUGAAGGAAGCAUUAGAUCACAAAUGGCUCUUCUAGAUGGACUUAAGAAUGCAGUUAAUGACGAAGAAAAGGAGGCUGUUGCCUUCUACCUAGCAUUGGUCGAUAGUCCCCAACCUGAGUUUGUUGCCAAACUCGAGGGUCUCAUAUCUUCAGAUCCUCACUCUACCGAUCCUUUACUUCUAGUGUAUGGAGCAAUUGUCCCAAACGCAUCUCCUGAACUACAACACAGGAUGGUUCUCUUCCUCACUAAUGGACUCCCAGAGGCUGAGACUAACAGCACAUCUCUCAUACACCACAUCCUCUCUCUUGGAAACUCUGGAUCACUCAACAUCUCCAACUACCUCAUUGACUAUCUCCAACACCCUGAGACUGACAUUCAACUCAUGGCAAUUUUUGCUAUGAGGUUCAUGAUAGACCACCCUCCUGUUGAGCAAUGUCUCAAAGACUUUUUGGUUCAGCCGCAACUGACUGAAGAUCACCUGACAGUAAUGGCAAAGUCGCUGAUGUAUGGAUGUGAGAUGGCAAUGAUGAAAACCCAACCAAAACCUUACUCAAAGGAUCUAGCCGAGUCUCUUGUUGCACUCUCAGUAAAGGUAGAUGAUGAAGAAUUUCACUCAGCCCUACAGGACUAUCUCAAAGCUGUUGACACUGAGGAUUCACUUGAACUACUGCAGUUCAUGAAUUUGGUUAAGGAGGGAGAAACAUUUACUAACACAACUCGAUUCGAAAGGGGAACCCAAUGGAAUGCAAGAAAGGAUGUCUAUAAUCUGGUGGCUUCUUACAAUGUGCGGAAUAGCGACAUUAGAAGAUAUCAGAGAAAACUGUCUUACAUUUGGGGUAAGAGGUUUGGUGCAAAGAAAAUCAAUUUAAAAAUAGCAGCGGGUGGUUUUGCUGGGGUGAGCUCCUCUGGUGACUAUAAACUCUUUGGACGUGCUGUAGCUAAAGCUCAAUUUUUCAAUCGUGGAGCAACAAUUAUAGACUUCCUCGUUUUGCGCCAGAAGACCUCCCGUUCUACUCUCAGUCGACUGUACAUCGUUUUGCUAGGAAGGACUCUCAUCAAUUACCGCCGUGUACAGGAUCCAAGUGUCUGCAUGACAAUUCCAAAGAACCUCUACCGUGGCAAUAGAUAUACUCUUUUUCGGUUUACCUAUAGCAUCUUUGUGGUGGUCGGUACCCUAAAUUUCGAACUGAAAUCAACGAUACAGUUCAAGGUAGGAAUGUAUGUCAGAUUUUGCGACAAACAUGGAAAAGUGACAGCUGCAGCUGGACUUACACCCACCCUCACCAUCAGGGUGUCUGCAGGUGGCAACCUAGAAAUUGUCCGUUUAGCAAAGGCAGGACUGACACUGCAAGCAACCUUCAACUAUCAAGUCAUUCCCGAAGUAUCGACAGAGUUCUGUUACAAGCGAUCGAGACUGCGUGUCAAGAAUUGUAUAGGAGUCUACCACCAGUGGACCAAUAACAAGAUCGAGCUGUAUGCCUGGUAUGCUUGGAGAGGAUGGUGCGGUUGGUGGGUAAGUCCUCUCAACACUGGACUAUGUGUAGUCUUAACGAAACUUGUCUCUGUUGUAGUUUUGCAAGGGCAGAAAGGCCUAUAGGAAGAAGAGAAGGAUACGUGGCCUGUCUGCCACUUGGAAACUUCGAGGAACUCGCAGAAGGACAAUUUGGAAGACGUGUGACAGUCGCCAACGCUGUUGAGCGAGGACCUACAGAUUACUUUUAGCAACUAGUUAAUGUGUGUCAGGUAGCUAGUUAUUGAUGAUAAACGACUCAAUUGUGUAUGGUAGAACCUUAGUCACCAUUUUUACAGUCACUAUGAAUUUUAUAUUAGUUUG